AUGAUGGCAGGAUGGUUUGCUUCCACAAACUCGGCGCUCGAUGAGCAAAUCGAUCGGGCUACGUCGAGUUCUUUGGAGGAUAUCGCCCUCAAUCUCGAAAUCUCAGAUGUGAUACGGUCUAAGACAGUAGGAUCCAAAGAAGCGAUGCGGUCCCUCAAACGGCGGAUAGGCAACAAGAAUCCCAACACUCAACUCAGUGCUCUUCAUCUUACAGACACAUGUGUAAAGAAUGGCGGCUCACAUUUCCUGGUUGAAAUUGCUUCUAGGGAGUUUAUGGACAAUCUAGUAUCACUAUUAAAGGCCUAUGGUCCGGCGGCGGUAAAUGAUGAUGUCAAAAACAGGAUACUAGACUUGAUUCAAUCCUGGGCGACGGCUACGGAGGGUCGCUACGAAUUAUCCUACAUUGGAGAGACAUAUAAAGGCUUGCAACGAGAAGGAUUCCACUUUCCACCAAAAGUCGAAGUCGCAAGCAGCAUGUUGGACAGCAGCGCACCCCCCGAAUGGAGCGACUCCGAUGUCUGCAUGCGUUGCAGAACUGCCUUCAGUUUCACGAAUCGAAAGCAUCACUGCAGAAAUUGUGGCAACGUCUUCGACCAACAGUGCUCCGCUAAGAGCAUACCUCUACCCCACCUCGGAAUUCUACAGCCUGUUAGGGUUGAUGAUGGUUGCUACAUAAAAUUGACUGACAAGUCAGCCAAAGGUGGAUCUUUCAGCAACAGCCAAUCUGUGCAUAAACCUAAGCAUCAUGCUUCCAUGCAACCUCGAAGCGCAAGGGUUGAUGAAGGAUUCGAUGACGACCUGAAGCGCGCAUUGGCUAUGAGCCUCGAAGAGGUAAACAAUCAUUCUGGAGCAGGUUAUGUUCCACAGGCGAAACUGCAAACCAAGCCUCAAGUUACCCCCGCCGCAAAUCCUUCCGCAAGCAAACCUGCCGAGGAUGAGGAUGAUGACUUGAAAGCUGCCAUUGCUGCAUCUAUUGCGGAUAUGGAAGAACAAAAGAAAAAACAUGCUGCAACGAUAAAGGAGCAAUCGGCGAAUCCAGGGACAACCUCAUCACCAUUCGUAAUACCCAAGAAUGACUACGAACUCACACCAGUUGAAGCAGAGAACAUCAAUCUUUUCUCGACGUUAGUAGACAGGUUACAAACACAACCGCCGGGGACAAUACUUCGUGAGCCUCAAAUCCAAGAACUUUACGAUAGUAUUGGUACACUUCGACCGAAACUUGCCCGCACUUACGGAGAGACUAUGAGCAAGCAUGAUGCUCUUCUGGAUCUUCACGCUAAGUUGUCAACCGUUGUACGUUAUUACGACCGUAUGUUGGAGGACCGCUUGUCGAAUACCUACAACCAACACACGAUCGGCGGAUAUAAUCUUCCUGCUCAGCGCCCUGCGUCAACUAUGUAUCCAGCCUUGUCAUCAAAUGGUCCGAAUGGAGCUGGCCAGGCAGAAAGCUUUUAUACUGGAAAUGCCCCUCAAGAAUCAUAUGGACGACCUCAGUCUACCUACUCGUAUCCACCUCAGCAGAGCCAAUCUGGCUACGCUUCAAACCCUGGCCCGAGUUAUCCAAAUCCACAACAAAGGAGUGAUAGCUACAACCCGUAUGCCUCUCAGCAACAACCGCCUCAACCCCAGGCGACGCCAUAUGCUUCCCAGCAGCCUAGCUAUGCAUCUGACAGCAUGCCUCCGCACCAAUCCAAUCCACCUAUGAAUGCUCCUCAACAACAAGCGCCUCCGAUGAAUACCCCCUCGCAACCGGUAUCGAAUUACGUGCCGUCGGAGUCAGCUGUAACACCGUCUACAGAUCCAAAUGCAGCAUUUUAUUACAAUAACACGCCACAAGUACCUCCUGCACAGCCAGUAUUAGAACAGAAUCAUUCGCAAUACCCUCCUGUGCAAUCCCCUCAACAAUUCCACACCACUGUCCCGCAAGCAGCACCUCAAUCACCCCAGCAAUUCACGCAACAGCCCCAAAAUCCGCAAGAGCACCACGCCCCACCGCCUCAACAGCAGUCUGCGCAACAACAAGCUCCAUACUGGCAAACCCAAGCUCAAGUUUCUGCACCACAGCAGGCUUGGCAAGCUCCUGGGUCAACUUAUGGUGGGUAUACGCAAGAAUCGUUCCCUUCGGCACCGCAUCAUGCACCCCAGCAGAAGAUAAUGGAAGAGAGCUUGAUUGAUCUAUGA